AUGAUUAUGAUUUUCUGUUUUUGCUUGCAAUAUGUUGGGGAGCAGGAUUAUGUGCCAACCGUGUUUGACAAUUUCAGUGCAAAUGUGGUUGUGGACGGGAGCACUGUUAAUUUGGGAUUGUGGGAUACUGCUGGACAGGAAGAUUACAAUAGAUUAAGACCACUGAGCUACCGUGGGGCAGAUGUCUUCCUACUUGCAUUCUCUCUCAUAAGUAAGGCCAGCUAUGAAAAUAUUGCCAAGAAAUGGGUUCCUGAAUUGAGGCAUUAUGCACCUGGUGUUCCAAUUAUUCUUGUUGGAACUAAGCUUGAUCUUCGGGAUGAUAGGAAAUUCUUUGUAGAUCACCCUGGUGCGGUGCCGAUUACCACAGCCCAGGGAGAGGAACUAAAGAAGCUGAUUGGGGCUCCGGUUUACAUCGAGUGUAGUUCAAAAACACAGCAGAAUGUGAAAGCAGUCUUUGACGCAGCCAUUAAAGUGGUUCUCCAGCCACCAAAACAGAAGAAGAAAAAGAAGAGAAAGGCACAGAAGGCCUGUUCUAUAUUGUGAGCAUGGAAAGAAUAGCGUUGGGAAGAAACUGUGACUAAUUAGUCAGUUAUCCAUUAAUGCUCUUCAGUCCCUGUUAUAUUUUUCCGUCUGGAGGAAGCAGCAAGCUGGGCAUCGUAGUUUCGACUGACAGAUGUAGGAGCUCUCUUUAUGCAUCAAGUUCUUUGUUUAUGCUGUCUGGGCAGUGUUCUGAUUUGAUUUGUAUAUUAAUGCUUUGCAUUACGUGUUUGUUAACAUGCUGAACCCUCCUCUUUGGGUUUGAUUUCCCUAAUGUGUUGUCUCUAUAUAGUACUGAUAUUUUACUUUUUAAGCCAUAUAAAAUCCACGUCUUGUAACCUGAUUUAGUACACUUCAAAUUUCAAGAAUAUAUAUAGAUGGAUAUAUUUUCAUGACAUA